UACAGAAUACACUCUGUGUUUUCUCGGCCGGUUGUGUUUACAAUUUUGUCAUGAUGCCGACAGAGCUCAAUUUCCAGUGUUCCCUGUGUGACUUCAAAUCGCCGUAUGAUUACUUUGGUAGCAAGCCGCCCUUUGCAAAUGCAGUUGUAUUACUGGAGAAAGCCUACGUGUUGAAAGACCCCUUCGUGCCAGAAGGAAGGCACAUCACCGUAGGAUCGCACUGCUCUGUGUGCAAACGAGCCGUUUGUGCUGGCCAAGAUUGUAGCUUAUUCUACACUAAACGGUUUUGCCUCCCCUGUGUGAAGAAACACUUCAACGAGUUCCCUCAAGAAAUCCAACAGGAGCUGGAAAAGAAAGGCAGUUGAGCUAAAGAUUGACAAAGACUACUUGAGAUCACUCCGAGGAGUCAUAUCCAUCUUCUGCCUUGUCCAGUGAUGCUGUCAUCUGACACUGGUAUCUCGGAGAUGGGAUUUCCAUGCUGAUGAACAGUAUGCAGUGCAGGCAGUGGAGUUGAUGCACAACUGUGGUCUCCGCGUGCACAAGUACCCCCUCAACGGUUACAAAGGGAGAGGUGGGGGAGACCACUAGGGAGGGACAAUUCAAGUGAUUCACAAUGUAGUGCGCCACCAAGAGUUUGCCAUGGAGCGUUCAUUUUACCCAGUGCAUUGUGGGAGAUGGUCG